UCACCUUCUUCAAAUACAUAGAAUUACCCAAAAAAAUACGUUUGAUUUUCUCAGAUGAAAGUAUGGAUACGGAUAGAAUUUCAUAACUGAAAAAAACUACCCUCUCUCACUACAAUGGAAACCGCUCACACUACAUAAGAGAACCCUAGCACAUUUCUUACACUUUUUUCCUCAAGUCUUUUCUCUUACAGAAACCCACAAAGAGAUGAACGUCAACAGCUACGUUAGUUCUUCAUAUUUUCACCCAUUAAUGUCGUUUACUGGUCAAGAAACUUUCCCUAGGAUCGAGUCCAGCGGUUUCCACACUUUUAACCGCCAUCAAAAUCCCAGAAAGAAGCGCACUAAGUUUAUCAAAGUAGACAAUUCUCUCGGCGGCUCCAGUUCCACCGGCGUCACGAAGCCUAAAUGUUUGAAGAAACCAGACCCAAGUGCUCCCAAGAUCACAAGGCCGUGCAGUGAGUGCGGCAAGAAGUUCUGGUCAUGGAAAGCACUAUUCGGGCACAUGCGGUGUCACCCUGAGCGCCAGUGGAGAGGAAUUAACCCACCGCCUAAUAUCCGGCGGUUAGAAACCACCGCCACCGCUGUGAGCACUGAUCGUGAAGGCACUGCCUCCGGUGUGACGGAGGAGGAUCAUGAGGUGGCUACUUGCUUACUAAUGUUGGCUAAUGGGUGUAGUGCUAGUGCUUCUGAGUCACCAUCUGUGACUAAUGUUUGUAGUACUGGAAUGUUAGAAUCUGAUAGUGGUGGUGGUGGUGGUGUUGUUGGGGUUGAGAAUUUUCGAUUCGAAUGCUCGAGUUGCAAGAAAGUGUUUGGGUCUCACCAGGCAUUAGGAGGUCACAGAGCAAGUCACAAGAAUGUCAAAGGUUGUUAUGCAAUUAACAAGAAUCCCGAAAUUGGAGAGGAAGAAGAACAAGAACGAGACUGGAUUAACAGUGGUGGCCAUGUUGAACAUCAACUAAUGGAUGAUAUAGGACACAAAUGCAGCAUUUGUUUAAGGGUUUUUUCAACAGGUCAAGCCCUAGGUGGACACAAAAGGUGCCAUUGGGAGAAAGUAUCAGAAGAAGCAUGGUUCAAAGAGGCUAAUUCUGGUUUGGAUUUGAAUUUGCCUGCUUCAGCACCGGCCCCGGCGCGGGACCGAGUACCGGUUCACGAAGAUGAUUUAUCUUCAUCUGCUUCAUUUUACUUUUCAGGUCUGGAAUUGGAUUUAAGGUUAGGACUUUGAGGACAAUAUAUCAAGUCCUUAGCUAACUAGGGUUUAGUGGUAUUAUUUUGUAGGAUUUAGAGAAUUAACAGAAUUGUGUAUAUGUGGUGGUGCUCCCCAAUAUUGCAGUGAAUAUUGGAAGA